UGUUGGGGAAGUUCCCACUGAAACGGUCUUCCGUCUUCCGCCAAGUUCACGUACGUCCAUGGUCCAUUCAUCUUUUGCAGACUUGUACUAGGUGACGUCUCGAAGGAGACAACAAUUCUAACAUUCCAGUUAUCAUCAAGUGAUCGCUGGCCAUUACUUCACCAUGGAUGAGACAGACAAAAUGCGAUUACGAAAAAAUCGAAAAGUUUUGGUGGAAAACAUCACACCCAAAGAGAUACUUGAUCACCUUAUACAGGAGGGCAUCUUUACACCUGAAAUAUGUGAUGAAAUUUCCAGAGAUACCCGCCAAGACCAAGUGCGCAAAAUCUUAAAUGAGCUGGAGAAGAAGGGAUCUAAUGCUUUUGGGGCAUUCUGCGAUAGCCUUCGGGAAACAAGGCACUAUGGUUAUCUGGUGGACGCUCUGGAGAAUACAAAUAUAGAUGAACCUGAUAUGGCGCCACCAAAACAUGAGGAGAACAGUGCUUCGGGAGAAGGUGAUGGCACUUCAAAGACCCAUACUACUCCGACCAUACAAAGAAUGGAAUACAAUAUAAUAGGGGAUAAAAAUCUGACAAUGAUCGGAAGCAACGUGACCGUGCAUAACCAAAAACCUGAAAAUUAAUCAAAAGAUGUAGUUAUAAUGGUAUAAACAAAGUAGGGACAACUUGAUGAAGUCCCAAAUCCAUCACAGUGUUGUCCCGGGCAAGCCAUAGUAAGCACUAUUAAGAAAGGAACCCAUAAUUACAACAAUAAAAUAUGCUGAUUUCUGCAAAAAGGUUUUUAUAACCAUGACAGAUUUGAGGUCUAUUUGAGAGGGUGGGAGACCUAAGUUUCCACCUGUUCCAAUUUUAAUGUUUGAUUCUAAAGGAAAUGAAAACCCCUGAAGGCAUCUUAGAAACCAGUACUGGAAGAAAUAAUUGUAGCCCAACUUAUGCCUUGUUUUAACUAUCAAUUAACUAUCAAUUGCCCCUUCCCUUUCAUAGUUACACCACUGAUAUUGCUGGUACAUGUAUGUCACUGAUGCCAUUGAUCAUCAUGUGCCUAUAGAGAGUCUGUAAUACAUUCCGUGACAGUCUUUAAAACUUGAAACUAAUUACACCAUCUUUUAUCUUUGCAUAUAUCGGUCCACUUUUUCGAUGUAGUUUAAUGGACACUGCUCAUUUCAUAUCAGUGUUUACUUUGAUAUUAAUACUUUGAUGGACUUAACAAUUUUGUACAAAUUUUGGACUACAGUGCUUGGCCAUUACUGUAAUAAUCUUUGAUCAACCUGUGCAUUGAAUAAUGCAUUUGAAUUUAGAAAUAAAGAAAUGUAUUCAGCCAGAAGGAUAACGAUUAAUUAACAAACUUGACCGGAGCGGGAUUUAACCUGUGGUCUACGUGUAUAUACAGAAUGCCAUGCAGGCGCUAUGCCAGUGAGCUCUUGCCCAGUGUUGGUUGAUCCACAUGCUUUUCAGCGUCAUUUUGAAGAGCUCCAGUCCGAAGCCAUAAACCACAGAGGAAUUAUAAACCCGUAUAUGUAGCCCAGGAGAAAAUAUAGAGUCGUGAUAGAUGUGAAGCGAUAGAUGGUAACAAAAUGAGUUUUUCUUAAAAAAAUUUAAAAAAAAAUAGUUUGGGUAUACAUCUGUUCUGGGCUGGUGAUGAUUUUUGGAAAUAAUUUUGUGUUGUCGUCUCGUCCUUGAUCAGUUUGGGCUGUUGUACUUCCUAGUACGAUGAUCAACGUCAAUGCCUCCAUCAGAAUAUUAUACUCCACCAGGAAGGACGAAUUUCUAUCCAUGCUUCCCUUUGACCAUCGUUAUUUUAUUAGAGUUAUGUGCGGUAAGGUUUUUCUAUACGUGAAUAAUAAAGAGUUUGUUGCCAGUGAGCUCAAGGUACUGUUUAAAGGAAAGCAGCUGUGGCAAGGA